ACCCCCAGAACCACCCCUGGCUCGAGCUACAGCUAUUCAGUCACAGACCAUACAGUUAGAGUUACAGUCAUAAAGUUGGGUCUUAUUUGCAAUAUUUUCUGUUCAAUUGCUUUUCCUUGAACACGUUGAACAUGUUUCAACAUUUCACUGGAUUUGUUUAUCUCUCUUUCGCAGUUUCACAGCUUGUGAGUCUCGCAGGUGCACAAUCUGAAUGUCCUCUUCAGCUCGACCCACAGAGAGUUGUUGUGAGAUACGGCGAUUCUGUUGCAGCUAACUGUAGCACUUCAGUCCUGCAUAAAGGGAUGGGAUGGGAAGCCGAUGAGGGAAGAGUGCCCAUGACCAGAAACCAGAAUCUGAUCACAUGGAGAGUGUCAGAACUGACAGAAUGGGACAUAAAGCCAGUCUGCUACAUAAAUUUAAUUCAUAGUGCACAGUGUAAAGUAGAUCUCCCAGUCACCGUUUACAAGACUCCAGACAGUGUGUCCAUCAGCACUGUGAAUCACAGAGGACCAAUGAUGGAGGGACAGCAGUAUGAGCUCCAGUGUGACGUUCACAAUGUGGCUCCUGUUCAGUAUCUCACUGUCAAAUGGUACAAAGGACAGACUCUGCUGAAUCAAACCACCUUCCCUAACACUAGCAAGACUCCAGAGAAUAAAACUGUCACAUUCCUGAUCCGUCCAGACAGAGCUGAUGAUGGAGCUCAAUACUGGUGUGAAGUAGAGCUGGAUCUGGGAGCAGAAGGACCUCAACCUCAUCCUACUAAUUCAUCAAAACCUCUCAGCAUUGCUGUAUAUUAUAAACCAAAAAUCAAUGAGACCAAACUGCCCUCAGUAGUGCGUGUGCUUCGAGGCUAUCCAGAAGUGCUUGUUUGUGAAGCCGAGGGAAACCCAAAACCAACAAUCAGCUGGAGCGUCAGUUCAAAUGACAACAAGAACAGUGAAACUCUUACUAUAACAGAGUCAACACCUGAGAAUGUGUCCUGCACUGCAAACAAUAUUGUUGGCAGUACCACCAGACAUGUAAAAGUGUCCAUACAAGAGAAUUACAUACCCAUAAUAUUAGUCAUUGUUGCUGUAGUGGUGGUCAUCUUUGUCAUCUUCAUCUUCCUCUACUUGACCUACUACAAAAAAAAACAGGAUUGGCCAUUAAGAUUUGAAGAGGCCCAAUGCACGUAAAGAAACUCUUAGCGAAGCCAGAACAGUCCCCGUGAAGAAACUCUGUCAGAGCAAUAUCUCUGCUUUGGUUAUGUUUCCCAAAUUGUGGAUCCAUCUGCUGAGCCUCACUGUCCGCAGUCAGAUCAGUCGGACCAGAUUGUGAUGAGAAAUCAUAUGGAUCAGUAUUAUUUCAAUUCACUCUAAGAUCCAGCUGACAAGCUGGUUGAUCAACUAAAAAUGGUUGAGUAGCAUCCUUAUUAGGCUUUUAUUGGACUCUUCUAUCUUUAUAAAGACACUAUACUUAUAUUGUGUGUUUCAAGCAUAUUGAUCAUUCUGAAUAUAUAUACACACACAUACAUAUAUACAUAUAUAAAUAUAUAUUAGUGCUGUCAAGUGAUUAAACGCAUCCAAAAUAAAAGUUUUUGUUUACAUAAUAUAUGUGUGUGUGUGUACUGU